AUGAUCGUCAAGGCGGCGUCAGCGCGCAUUGUUAACCAUUUGAACCGUCAGCGUCUCCCGUUCUUGUCCGGCAUAGUAAGCAACCUGAGAAUGACGUCAACUGAAGUAGCUGAACAGCUUCAGGAGGCUGUUUCUCCUGUGAAGGUGGUUGAAGGAAAGGAUGUUGAUGAACCGCGAAGUCCGAAGAAGAGAAAGCUAGAAGACGGAAAUGAGGAUGUGGCAACAAAGAAACUGCGUGAAUCCGAGACAACUGAGACCAAAGAGGUGACAUCUACCGAGAUGGGCAAAUCCGAAACAGCCGAGAUCAAAGAGGUGACACCUACCGAGAUAGGCGAAGCCGAGAAAGCUGAGACGGAAAACGCACUGGAUGAGGUGGCGAAAGAGGAACGAGCAGAUGUCAAUCGUGAAGGUAGUGGUACAGAGUUGCAGGACGCCGAAGAUACUAUUGACAUCGAAACAGUGGAGCCGGAUCCAGUAGAUUCUACCAAAGCAGAUGUUUUGCCUGUAACAGAGCAGCCGGGCAAGGAGUGUUCGCCUGAGGACGUGGAGGAGGCGAGCAGCGCUGUUGAGACUACUGCUGAGAACAAAUCAAACUGUGAUGAGACGAACGAAGCGGAGCCAAAGAAGGCUGACGAGCAGGAAUCAGAUCCCGAAGUCGCUUAG